GGUGACUGAAGGCGGCCGCACGCAGACACCGCGGCCAGCGGCAACUUUCCUCUUUUCUUUUCCCUUUUUAUUUUCUUUUUUCUUAUUCACAAUUAGCCACUGCUCUUCCUCAACGCCGGCAAAAUAACUGCCCCUGUACACCUCUGCGCCAGAGGUCAUCAACCGGACUGUCCGCUACGGAGAACGAGAAGAGAUUUUACCAUUUUUUUCCGUAGCAGAGAUUCGUCAGUCCUCGGCCGCAGCUCCGUAACCCCCUUACUCAGUUUCGGGUUUUAAAGUUUUGUGCUGUCCUGCCUAACACAACGAGGACACGGGAGGUUUUUCUUUAGAAAAAGUCGUCUCUCCCUUUUCUAAUUAGAAAGAAUUUUCUCUUUAUGUGCGUCAGUAGUUUAUAUUUGUUUAAAGGACAGAGCGCCCCCACCCAACUUUUUCUCUUCUCUAAACCCCCCUCUGCAACUGGCAUUGGCGUGUCCCGUCCGGCACCGUGGAAUGAGAGGGGUCAGUACCAGGUCGCAUAAGGGGGUUGGCAACACUGGUAAACUUUUUAAUUCUCAUAUUUUUAACUGAUUGUCGUUUCGCCGCUGGCCAUGGGGACUAUCUAACCAGACGCACGGGACCGUUCAGUGAGAUUCUAAUUUUCUCCAUUUCGGCGAAGGCUCACAGGUUGUCAGUAAAAUGGCUGCCUCAGUGAAGGUAGCGGUCCGCGUGAGACCCUUUAACAACCGUGAGAUGAGUCGAGACGCCAAGUGUGUCAUCCAGAUGCAAGGCAACACCACAUGCAUCACCAACCCAAAGCAGCCCAAAGAAGCAGCCAAGAACUUCACAUUUGACUACUCUUAUUGGUCCCACACUACAGCAGAGGAUCCUGCCUUUGUGUCUCAGAGGCAGGUGUACCUGGACAUUGGGGAGGAGAUGUUGCUCCACGCCUUUGAAGGAUAUAACGUCUGCAUCUUUGCCUAUGGCCAGACAGGAGCCGGCAAGUCCUACACCAUGAUGGGUAAACAGGAGCCAGGCCAACAAGGCAUCAUUCCACAGCUGUGUGAGGAUUUGUUCAAGCGUAUAACAGAAAACACAGACCCUGACCUCUCCUUCUCAGUGGAGGUUUCAUAUAUGGAGAUUUACUGUGAGCGCGUGCGGGACUUGUUGAAUCCGAAGAGUAAAGGUGCACUUAGGGUGAGAGAACAUCCUAUCAUGGGGCCGUAUGUGGAAGACCUGUCAAAACUCGCCGUCACCUCCUACAACGACAUCGCUGACCUCAUGGACUGUGGCAAUAAGGCCCGGACGGUGGCGGCCACAAACAUGAAUGAGACUAGCAGUCGCUCUCAUGCUGUUUUCACCAUUGUCUUCACACAGCGCCGACAAGACCAGCUCACAAGUCUGAACACAGAAAAGGUUAGUAAAGUCAGUCUGGUGGAUCUGGCUGGCAGUGAGAGAGCUGACUCUUCAGGGGCAAAAGGCAUGAGGUUAAAGGAAGGUGCAAACAUUAAUAAAUCCUUGACCACUCUGGGGAAGGUCAUUUCUGCUUUAGCUGAAGCGCAAAGCAGCAAGAAGAGGAAAUCUGAUUUCAUUCCUUACAGAGAUUCGGUUUUGACGUGGCUACUGAAAGAGAACUUGGGUGGUAACUCACGCACGGCAAUGAUUGCUGCCCUCAGCCCAGCAGACAUCAACUAUGAGGAAACACUCAGCACCCUAAGGUAUGCUGACCGUGCAAAGCAGAUCCGCUGUAACGCUAUCAUUAAUGAGGAUCCAAACGCUCGCUUGAUCAGAGAGCUGAAGGAGGAAGUGAACAGACUCAGAGAGCUGCUUCUCUCUCAAGGGCUGAGCCAGCUGAUCACCGCACAAGGUGCAGAGGUGAAUAAUAAUCGUGUUGGCAGUGGGAAUGUGUCUGUCUUGCCUGCUGUCCCCACCUCUAAUGGAACUCCCGCCAGUCAACCGUCAGCUAAUGGAGAUGGCCCCAGCCAAGAGGGUGAUCCCGCCUCUGAAGAAAACUCCCUCAACCAAUCAGAGGAGUUCCAGACAGAACUGAUAACCAAGGAAGAGGCAGUGGAAAGACUUAAGGAGACAGAGAAGAUAAUUGCUGAGCUGAAUGAGACGUGGGAAGAGAAACUGAGAAAAACAGAAUCUAUUCGGCUGGAGAGGGAGUCUCUGUUAGCUGAGAUGGGUUUGUCCAUUAAAGAGGAUGGUGGGACCGUUGGUGUGUUCUCUCCCAAAUCGACCCCUCACUUGGUCAAUUUGAAUGAGGAUCCUCUGAUGUCUGAGUGUUUGCUCUACUACAUAAAAGAGGGAACCACCAGAGUUGGGCAAAAAGAUGUUGACAUCAGGCUUAGUGGUCAGUUCAUCAAAGAACAACACUGUGUUUUCUACAGUAAGACCAAGGACAACGGAGAGGUGGAUGUAAUCCUGGAGCCUUUGGAGGGGGCAGAGACAUACGUCAAUGGAAAACAAAUCACAGAGCCAGUUGUGCUCAGACAAGGGAAUCGGGUUGUGAUGGGAAAGAAUCAUGUAUUCAGGUUUAACCACCCAGAACAGGCCAGAUUGGAACGAGAGCGCAAUGCUUUGCAGGAACAGCAGGGGGAGCCAGUGGACUGGAACUAUGCCCAAAAAGAACUGCUGGAGAAACAGGGAAUAGACAUCAAAUUAGAGAUGGAGAAGAGACUUCAGGAUGUUGAGAGUCAGUACCGCAAAGAGAAGGAAGAGGCUGACUUGUUGCUUGAGCAGCAAAGACUGUAUGCAGACUCAGACAGUGGUGAUGACUCUGAUAAACGGUCCUGUGAGGAGAGCUGGAGACUCAUCUCAUCACUCAGAGAGAAACUACCAGCCAACAAGGUGCAGUCUAUAGUGAAGCGCUGUGGUUUGCCCAGCAGUGGUAAAAAGCGGGAACCCCUUCGUGUUUAUCAGAUCCCCCAGCGCAGGCGCAUCAGUAAAGACCCUAAACGUGUGACAGUUGGGGACCUGAAGCUGCAGGCCGUCAAAGAGAUCUGUUACGAGGUGGCGCUGGGUGACUUCCGCCACUCCAAACAGGAGAUUGAGGCCCUGGCCAUCGUUAAGAUGAAAGAGCUGUGUCGUAUGUACGGAAAACGAGACCCUGCGGAGAGAGAGACGUGGCGCGCCGUGGCCCAAGACGUGUGGGAGACGGUGGGAAUUGGAGACAGUGAAGGUGGAGAGGCGGGUGGAGAGGGUGGCGGAGGAGAGGAGGGGAGAACAGGUAUUUAUGACCUGAAGGCCCAUAUUGAUAAACUGACAGACAUCCUGGAGGAGGUGAAACAGCAGAACAACAUGAAGGACGAAGAAAUACGAGCACUGAGAGAUCGCAUGAUGAAGAUGGAGAGCAUUAUACCAGGAGUGCAGCAGGAGGAUGGUUCUCUUGAAGAUCUGACUUUUGACAAUGGAGAGCCAUCACAGGGACGUAACAGUGAAGAGGAGAACCAUGGUUCAGCGGAGGAGCUCCCAAAGGAGGAGCGAGUGAUGCGCUUGAUGGAAGAAGACCCCGCCUUCCGCAGGGGGCGUCUGCGCUGGCUCAAACAGGAACAAAUUCGCCUCCAAAACCUCCAGCAGCAGCAAAUUACCAAGCGACUGCGCAAUAGGGGUGGGACCGGGGGUGGGGCCAGUGGGGACGGUGUGGUCCAUCUCCCAGGGACUGGGCGGUUCAUCCCCCCUCAGGACUGCAAACUGAAGUUCCCCUUUAAAAGUAACCCCCAGCACCGCCUUUCCUGGGGACCCAACUCCGCCUUCAUGCUGGGCCUCAAUGCCUCAGAUGAGGGCAAAAGUGCAGGAGAAACAGGAGAGGAGGAGAGAAAUGAAGUAGAGGUGAGGGAGAGUCAGGGAGGACGAAAAGGCAGUCCCUCCCCUCCUCCUACUUCGUCUACUUCUACUCCUUCUCUCCCUUCCUCAUUUGCCCCUCCUGCCCCUGGCAUGCCUCUUUUGCCUCUGCCCUUCCAAAUGCCUGGCCAUGUACCAGUCAUCAUGGGUAAUCCCCGCUUACGCAUACCCUCUCCUCACCGUGCCUGGCAACAGAGAAACUAUGGCAAUGGUAACCAUGUUAACCAUCAAUUUCCUGCUCAGCAACAACAGCAGCAACGCCGCUAUAGGCGGAACUCUUUGGACAGCUCUACAAUGCCUGGAAACCAGGGUCAAUACAGCAAUGGCAACCAUAACAACUUGAACCAGCAAGCUGGUCGUGUACGGUACCGCCGGCAGUCACCAAAUCCUGGGGGGAGGGGGGAGGGCGGCUCUUCACAACCACGGGAGGGUGGUUACGUUAAGCAGCCCCGAUCAGGAUACCAGCAUUACCCCAACCAAGCCCAGCCGCACCUAUACCAAAACCAGCCCCACAACCCCCGUGGACCCCCUUUUCGGGGGUUCCAAGAGCCAGAGUAUGGUGGGAGCAUGGGAGAUGGUUGGGGACCCAAUCCCAAAUUCCAGGGGUACACCACACCCCCUCGCAUGCGGAGGCAGUUUAGUGCUCCUGACCUGAAGAGCAAAGAGACACCUGUCUGAGUGUAUGUCAACCUGUGCUUUGCACUCUCAGUAGCAACCUCUUAUAGCCUAGGCUCUGUGUGCGUGUUUGCGUGAGUGUAUAUAUAUAUAUAUAUGUAGCUUCCUGUCCGUUACUCUUCUUGCUCAGACACACUCACAUUUGCUCCUGCUGGACACCACUGAAUAUGAUUUCACAAGCUGGCCAAUAUUUUUUAUUUGUUAGAUGACAGUCCUGUACUGACCGAAGCUGUGCUAACGCACAAUGAGUUGACACUUUAAGUGCCACUCUAGCCCGCUAUGCCAAAUAACUUUACACACACAUUAUGGUUGUGUGGACUCCUGCUGUGCUAGAAUGUGUGUCUGUGUGUUUUUAUGUGUCUCUGCAUUAACUUCAGAAAGAAACAUACCUCUCAACAGUAGUUCAGUCUAGAACUGGUUCUGAAAUUUUUCUUCAGUUUUUUUUUUCUGGGAUAGUUUGUUGUUGCUCUUGAGCAUGUGUUGUAUGUUGAAAUCUAGAUCAUCUUAGCAUUACGUGUGUGUGUGUGUGUGUGUGUAUUGUAUGUUGAGGGGGCACUGGGUGACUUGGUGGAGUAAUAUAUUUGAGCUACUGAUAAUCCCAAAGAUUUUUGUGCUAUAUGUUGGAACCCCAAUGCCUCCAUGUGAUGUGGUGGGUCUGUAUGAUUCCCAGCAAUAGGCUGUGUGUGUGUGUAUAUGUGUAUGUGUGUGUGUGUGUGCGUGCGUUUGUGUGCUUGUGUGUAUGUGUGUAUGUGUGUGUGUGUCUUAGGGGGGUUGUGCUUUGAUCUAUGAGGCUGAUGUUACAGUUGGACUCUACCUCCAAUAUGCUAUGGGAGGCACCGGUAUAGUGCAAAAGAUGGAAAGAGAGAUGGGACAAAGAUGGACGAAGAGAAAAUGGGAGAGAAUUGAAUGUGAACAGAAAAAAGCUAAAAAAAAAGAGAAAAGGACAGCAGGAGGAUCUUUUUUUGACCGUAUAUGGAUUUGUUUGGACACCUCAUCCUCUUCAUGCACCUUAUAGAUAUAUAGAGCACUAGAGUCAUUAGAAUUAGAUAUAAAAUGCUUAGCACAGAAGUUUAAUGGUGGCUGAUUCUCUAAUAUGCAAUUUUAGGCAUGGUGUUUUUAGACUCUUGAGCUUGUGAGGUUGAUGUUGGAUGUUAUCCUCUGAUACUGAAUUUCCUAAGAUAUUUGCGGAGGACAGAACAGGAACGUUGGGAAAUACCUAAUGUAGGUAUGAAUUAUUUGAAAUAUAUUUGGUGUGUGUAUGAUUGUGUGUUACUACAGGUAAGAUUUUCUGGUGGCCUUUAGUGGGGCUUUUGAAGAAAUUAUUUAAAGAAAAGAGAGCAAAUAGAUGGUGAAGAAAUGGACAGAGACUUGUUACCAUAGAAAUGGUCCUUGGCAUUUGGCACAGGUAUAUAUGUUGUGUGUUUUCUGUGUUGCUGAGGGCUGUCUCUGGGAAAUAGGCAUAGAUAUACCUUAAAAUAGGCAGGACCAUCAUCUCAGUGCCCUUAAAAGGCCUUUUCAAUUGAUCAAAGGUCAGAGACUUUUGUUGGCUCUGGGUAGUCAGUGCAAAGACCUUGUCCGGCAAGGCUGCUCUCAGAUCAGGUCUCAAAGGUAGAUUAUCCAUAGAACAGGACACUUACCUCAUUAGGAUAAUGUCUUUCCGUGAGGUGAUUUCUAUGGUGAGUUAAGACUCGUGUAUGGGACGUGUGGUUGUUCUGGGAUUUUUGAGAACUUGAGCUGAGUUUUGAGAACUUGACAGAUGGAAAAUGGAGGACAUGAAAAAUGUGUGGAGAAAGUUAGAGUUCAGAGAGAGAGCGAAGAAAAAGAAGAGGAAGAAGAGGAAGAAAAGGCAGUGUUACAAGCAAGACACUCAUAAGUUGGCUACAAUACAAAUCGUUCAGACAGCUCAGGACGGGCUCAGGGUCUGAGGUAGUUUUGUUGUGUAUGUCAAUCAGAAUAAGCCUCCCUUUAAAAGGCUCUUUCAAAUGACUGUAGGAAAUUACUGGCAGUGUCAUCUCAGAAAGGAACUUGGAGAAUAGAAGAAGAGAAGAUGAUAUGGCAACGCCUGUCAGUGUCUGGGGACGGGUCACAUUGGAACUGUUUUUUUAAACUGUAGUAUCCAAAGGGAGUGUACCCUGCAUCCCAACAGUGAUAAUGUUAUUGUGAAUGACAAUAUUACUUAGAAGAUAAAAAAGGAGUGAUAAAAACAAAUAUUUGAGAUAGAAAAAGAGCAAUAAAGACAAAUAUUGGACUUGGAAAACAAAACGUACUGAAGAGGGGAUGAGAGAGACCGAUUGCUGUCCAUUAAAAGCAGACUUUACAGACAAUAUGGUGGCUAUGUGGUAACUCUAGGUAAGCAAGACUACCAUGGCCACACUGCUGUUAUGACAACGGCUUUUAACCUUUGAUAUUUUUGGACAAUCUACUGUGUUUCUAGGAUGAGUCUCUUAUUUUUUUUCCACUGUUAUUUUUACUUACUUCUGCUUGUAUUUCCUCCUUAAUCCAGUGCUUUUGCUUCCUGUUUUGAUAAUUCAGUAACACUAUCUUCUUGUUAUUAUUUGCAAUAUGAUUACUAUUAUUAUAAUUAUGAUUAUGCCACACCUGAAGCUGCUCCUCUUGUGUUCUGCGCUGCCAUGGCUAUGUUUGUGUGUGUGUGUGUGUGUGUGUGUGUGUGUGUGUCUGUGUGUGUGUGUGUGUGUGUGUGUGUGUGUGUGUGUGUGUGUGUGAAAUCCAAUGGAUUUAAAACAUAAAUGGGGUAAUGUUUUCUUAUUGACUUGUGUGCAAGGUUGAAGCUUGUGUUUUUUCUUUUGUUUUCUUUAUUUCUUGUGAGUGUAUUCAGUUUUCAGUGUUCUAGUUCUAAAGCAAUGUACCAGACUUAGGGGAACCAAUCUGGUUUCUCCCUGAUUUCUGAAGGUGAGAUUUGGGGACUUGAAUCUGCCUUUGCCUGCUCUAUAAUUGCCAGCCCCUCAUCAGAUUUCUGUGAACUCUUAAUAGACAAAUAAUGCUCCUCAUAUUCAACCACCGACCCAAAUCUGGGACCCUGGUAUUUGCCUAAAGCAUAUUGGGAUUUUCUCCUUUUAAGCUGGUCUAUUUCUAUAAUUUUAUUUUAUUUUCUAGUUGGUUUUUCAUUUACAAUGUUUUUUUUCCUUUGAUUUUCUUUUGAGAGGCAUAGAAGCAAAUGUUUUUGGUAACUUGAGGUUGAAAAAUGCAAAGUGUCAAUAAAAGCAAAAAAGAG